AUGGAUGAGAUGCAGCCCGAUAGCGCAGGUGUACCUCAAAUAGUGACCCCAACCAGACAAGGGCACGUUGUCAUCAUAGUGCCGAGUGUAGAAAAUAUAUCUCUGCUUGGAAAAACCCCACAAGAUUUAGCUAGCACAGAGUCAAUACAUGCUGCUGCUUCUCUGCCACAAGGUAGUGAAAAAGCUUCAGAAAUACCCAGCACAGAUAUAGCUUCAUUAUUAACUAAGGUGUCAGCAGUGCCAGUAGCUUCAGCUCCACCACUUCCGCCUAAACCUUUGGCUGGGGCAAAUGUUGUAGAGACAGUAGAAAUACCUGUAGCAGGUAUAACUCCACCACUUCCUAUCACAUUACCCAAACCAAGUGUUUAUCCAAAACCACUGGUUCCAACUGCAGUGACAACUGGUAUAACAACAGUAGGACACGUUUUUGAUACAACUGGUCCUUGUCAAAUUGCCAAGCCUCCUCCUCCCAUACCACCUAAGCCUGUAUCAAUUCCAGCUGGACUGGUUUUCAGCCACAAACCAGGAGAAAGUGUCAAGCCACCUCCUCCCUAUGUGGCCCAUAAAGCUGCAACACUACCCAGGGCUAAAGAACCUCCAAAUGCUCUCUCACUUAGCCUGACAAGACCUGUUGAAUCUAAGUUGGGAGCUACGUCCCCUAAAUCACCUUUGUCUCCUAGACACGCCAAAAGUUUGCAAACCUACGUCGUAAUAACACUUCCAUCUGAACCUGGCUCCCCAACAGAGGUUAUAACAGUCCAGGCACCUGUAAGACGGAGCUCCAUCCCAUCUACACAAGUGUCUGGGGCAUCCACCUCCAAUAACCAUAGCUCCAACUGCGGCAGUAGAGCAAGUGACAACCUCUGGAGGAAUGGCUAA